UCUUUUCACCUCCUGGCCCAAGUUUUCCUUACUUGCUGGACAGAAUUAUUCUUCAAUAAUCACUGCUUGAAAAUGUAAAGAAUUUUUUGGCUGAGAUCUUGGGGAAGGAUUUUAAGAGUGCAGAUCUAUAUGAAUGUGCUGCUAGAGUUCAACAGUAUUUAGUGAACCGUUGGAAAAAGUAUUUAUUGUAGUCGUGGUCAUUUGAUGACAAAUAAUCUGCAUUAGAAUGUAAAGGCAGAAAGUCACAGGAUUUUUUUUUUUAAAGUUGAAGAAGUCUGUUGAAGCUAGCUCUUAGGCUUUGAAUAAUUUUGCUGCUUAGUAAGAUUUAUUACAUAUCUGUGACAUACUGUAUACAUAGGCAUGAUGUCGCUUUUUCCAGGCUCCUGUUUACAUUAAGAAAUAAUAGUGAUAACUUGCGUUAUAUUUAAUGGAUGCUGUGGGCUUCCUGUUUAAUUGAUAGAUUGCUAAAAUACCCAAUUAACUAGACUUUCUUUACUAAAGUCUGUUUGUUUUGUUUUUUUAAUAGAACACAAUGUUGAAUUUUGAACAACGGGGGGGAACGCUGACUUGUAAAAUAAAUGAGGAUCUGUGUCCUUUGGUAUAGAGCCAGGAAGACCACGGUUGCUGGGUUUGUAAAACUGUCAUAUUGAAGCUUUGCUGUGUUUCAUCUCUGAAGAGGAAGCCCCUUGUGCCAGUCUUGUGUUGCCUAGUGACUUGUUUGCAGGUUUUUAUUUUUAAGAGGCUUCUGUUUUGAAACUCCUAAUUGUAAUUUGCAGAAACAGCUAUCCGUCUUGAGAUGGAAGAAUCAGUGCUUGAUAAAUUGCCAUCUUUAUGCCAUACUCCAAAGGAUUCUGGGACAGCAGCUCCACAGGGGACUAGUUCAGGGAAACAGCCAAUGAGUGCAGCUCUGAGGGAGCGAUUAAGGAAAACAAGACGUUCGUUUCAUGCUAAUUUUACAGUGGCAAAGCGCCUCAAAAUAGACACUGAAGAAAAAGACUGUGCUGAUGCUGACAAAGGGUGCCUGCUAAAGACAAGUACAGAUUAUUCCAGAUUACAAGAUGGUUCUGAAAAUCUGGAAAGAAACGGCACUGGACGAGCAUGUUUGAAAAGUCCCUUACAGGAGAGUGGUCUCUGUGGAUCAGCAGAGAAUUCUGAUGUGCUGCAGGUUGACCUUAGUCAGCAACAGUCCCUGGAAGAAAAAGUAAGGCUGGUGAAACAAGUGCAAGAGAAGGAAGAACUACUUCGAAGGCUCAAACUGGUUAAAAUGUAUCGGUCCAAGAACAACCUGUCCGAACUGCAGGCUUUGAUAAUGAAAUGGAGAAGUAGUACACAGCUGAUGCUUUAUGAACUGCAGUCGGCCUUUUCCGCUGAUGGCAAGAAAGUGAGUCUUACUCAGCUGAUGGAUACUUUCGGGUUAGAAGACCAGUUAUUGCACUACAGCAGAGCAGAAGAAGAUUUUGUAGAUGGAUAAUCUACAGGUGAAAAGUCUUCAAUUAUACAAGCAGAAAAGACUGACUGAAUUCUGAUCACACAAGAAGUGUCGAUCAGACAGUGGACUUUGUGUUGAGGUUAGGAGGUUUUCUCAGGAGAUACUGUAAAGCUAUGUACUUAGAUACAGAGGGCGCUGUAAAAGGCAUUACCUAAUGGAAAAGAUUGAACUCGUGCUGGUUUGGAAAACCUGGCUUAACUUGAUCAGUGAAUUGUUAUUUAAUAAAAAUA